AUGGAUAGGGAGAAUCAGACAAUAGUGACUGAGUUUUAUUUCUCUGAUUUCCCAUUUGAGAAAGGUAGUCUCUUAUUCUUCAUUCCUUUGCUCUUUAUUUAUGUGUUCAUUAUUGUUGGAAAUUUCAUGAUCUUCUUUGCUGUCCAGCUGGAUACACAUCUUCACAAUCCCAUGUAUAAUUUCAUCAGUGUCUUCUCCUUCCUGGAGAUUUGGUAUACCAGAGUGACCGUCCCAAAGAUGCUCUCCAACCUUGUCAGUAAAGAGAAGACUAUUUCUUUCAUUAGCUGCCUCCUGCAGAUGUAGUUUUUCCACUCACUUGGGGUCACAGAAGGCCUGUUCCUCGCAGUGAUGGUCAUUGACAGAUAUGUUGCCAUCUGCCAGCCUCUCCACUAUGCAGCCGUUAUGACCCCUCAACUAUGCAUCCAGCUCUCCACUGGCGCUGGCAUCUUUGGCUUUCUUGUGCUACUGCCAGAGAUUGUGUGGGUUUCUACCCUUCCCUUCUGUGGUCUCAACCAAAUCCAUCAACUCUUCUGUGACUUUGAACCUGUGUUACGCUUGGCUUGUGCAGACACAUCCAUGAUUGUUGAAGAUGUGAUUCAUGCUAUUUCCAUCCUGAUUUCUGUCUGUAUCAUCACCCUUUCCUAUUUAAGAAUUAUCACUGUGAUCCUGAGGAUUCCCUCAGGUAAGAGCCGUCAGAAGGCAUUCUCCACUUGUGCGGCCCACAUUACUAUUUUCUUCCUGUUUUUUGGCAGCGUGACGCUCAUGUACCUGCGUUUCUCUGUCACUUUCCCACCACUACUGGACAAGGACAUUGCAGUGAUGUUCGCUGUCCUUGCCCCACUUUUCAACCCAAUAAUCUACAGUUUGAGGAACAAAGACAUGAAAGACGCCAUCAAGAAAAUCCUCUGUUCUCAAAAAAUGUUCAGUGUCUCUGGAAGCCAAUGA